AUGGCGCAGCAGAAAAAGGGACCCAACAUUUUCAUCCUGAACGGCGCGGCGGGGUCGGGAAAAGAUACCCAGUGCAGGCUAAUCGAAGAGAAGUACAAAUAUGAAGUUAUCACAAUCAGCACGCUGCUCAAGGAAUAUGUUUUAGAAAAUGAAGAGACAGGAGGGGAAACAAGUCCUAGUCAGGAUGAUGAAUCCAUUGAGGGAGUAGAAAGAAAAAACGAAGACAUAAAAAGAAUAAAAAGGUGCAUGAAGGAUGGGUCAUUAGUAUCGGACGACACUGUUAUAAAAGUAUUUAUGCACCGUUUAGAAAAAUAUAUAAAUGGAGAGGAACCAUGUGCAGGCAUUGUAGUUAAUGGCUUCCCAAGGACAUACGAACAGGCACUGCUAUUUGCAAAAAAUGAUAUCCCAGUUACAAGCUUUAUUAACAUACAGGUGAAGAAGGACAACUUAAUGAGCCGAAUCAGUAACAGAAUGGUCGACCCAGUGACGAACAUAAAUUAUAAUAACAAGGGGGUGGAAAUUAUGCUAAAAAAAAAGCAAGGGAUACACUUAACUCCAGAAGAGGAACUCGUAUUAUCCUCUCACGGGGAUGCGUUUAAAAAUAUAAGUGAUGAAGUCAUCGCUAGGUUAACCAAAAGAGCAGAUGAUCACGAGGCUACCUUUUUAAAGAGGUUUCAUUUGUAUGAACAGAAUGAGCAGAAAAUCAUUUCGCUUUUUCCCACAGUCUAUCACAGUGUGGACGGGAAUGGGUCCAUUGAAGAGACCUUCGCGCAAAUAUGCGCCAUCCUAGACGGGGUGGGGUGGGCAGCAAUAAAUACGGCUUAG